UCCUGCGCCCACUGCUGGACGUGGCGCCGGGGAAAGCAACUACAGCGACCGCCAUGCCCAGCGCCGCCCCUACGGCCGCCCUCAGGUGGCCGAGCCGGGCAUGGCGGCCGUCCCCGGUAGGGCGCAGCGGCAGCGGGGUCGCGGCGUGGCGGCGGCGGCUCCUCUUGCUGCCGCCGGGCUCGGCCCGCCGCGGUUGUUUGCCCCUCUUGCCGCCGCCGCAGGGCUCAGAAAUACAUCGAGCAGUUUUGCUGCCAGGCCUGGGGAAUGUUCUGAAACUGUAAAUGCAGAAGUUAAAAGUCUAUAUUGGAGACCUCCCAUAAAACCAAAACCUAAUAUGUGCAUCGAGAGCAUGCCAUCAGAAAUGCUGAUGAAGAUACUUUCCUAUCUGGAUGCCGUAUCCCUGCUGUGUGUCGCUUGCGUGAGCAAGCGCUUCUAUCAUCUGGCCAAUGACAAUGGAAUCUGGCUGAAAAUCUAUUCCGGUUGUUUUCCACCAAAACGGACAGUUUGGAAAAUGAAGUCUGUGCAGACAGAAACUGUUCCCUCGAGCUGUGCUCCUAUACAGGAUAGAAAGCCUGGAUACUGGAAGAAAGAGUACAUCUUGAAACAAAUAGCUGCUGUCACAACUAGAGUAAUGCAACUUGUUAAACCUGUAGAUCCGUAUACAGGUCUUCCAAGUAGAAUCAAAAAAGCUAUAAAAGCCUCGGGCUUGAGUUGGAUGAUUGUUGUAAAGGACAGAAAUGGAAAGGAACAUGUCAUGGAGCAGGCAGACUUGUCAUUUAAGGACACAUCUGUUACUGUAUUUUGGUACAGUGCAAGUUGGCCAUGCUUAGACAUCUUGUCAACCCUAAAACUAUUUGGAGUGACUCCAUUGCUUCUUGACCAAAGCAAAGCUCCUAGCAAGAAUGGACCUCGUCGACGCUCCCUAAUUGCUGAAUAUGAUCUUUCUAACCUGACUGAAAGUAAUGUAGCACUUGGGGCCGAUAAGCUUGUCCAGCUCUUCAGUCUGAAUCCUGGACUCUUAGUAGGACUUUGGAAGGGAAAAAAUGAAAUUGCUUUUGUCACGGCAAGUCUUCAUUAUCAUCAACUUCUUGAGAGAAGCACUUUGGGUUCUGCUACUGUUCAGUAUGUCCUUCCACCUAAUAAACCUAUACUGGAUGAUGUUGACCCAGAACAUGGACUGCAUGACUACGACCUACAUCUUGAUAUGCACAGUGGAAGCUGUACUUACCUGUGUGGAACAUUCAAGAGCCUCUCUUGCAGAAAAGGUGACAUUGAAAAUGGAUAUUUAAGGCUCACAGUUGUAAGCUUAAAGGAUAAUACGAAGCAUGUGCCUCUUAUUGGGACAGUUGGCUUAUCCUGGGAAACAGAUGCCUUUAAAGGCAAUGUAAAGGACUGUUACAUGAUGGAUGUUACUCUCUUGGAUGAAACUCGAAAGCCCUUCUGGUGUUUCAGUGCGCCAGUCUGCAUGGAACUGUCUUCCAAGGCGUCCAGCCUUUAUGAUUAUAUGGGUUGUGUCUAUACCACAGACUAUGCAGAUUCAGAGGGUAAAGUCUGUGUUGAGUUGGUAUGGCUGGAAGAAACCAAAGAGUAUUUCAUAGUCAAUCUGGUGCUUUACAUAAGCACUGAAAAGGUUAAUAACUGGUAUGGAACAAACUACUGAUGUAAUUGGGGUGUUAAUUUCCUUGCAUUAAAAAAAAAAA